UUGACACUAACAGAACGAAUGCUGUGGACCAAAUAAAAAUCCCAAGUUCUUUUAUAAUUGCUCAAAAUCUUAUAAAAAGAAGUCCCAUUUCCCAUUUCCGGUGUUUUUGUUGUGGUGAGUGUUUUGAUGGGGAAGGAACAGAGCUUAGAUGAGACUUCAAACUCCAUUUCUAAUUCUGGAAGUGAAAGAACGCCUCUUUUGAACAAGGAGGCAAGUAAGCAAACAAAUGGGCAACAAGCAGCUGAAAGUCCUCUGUCAGACCUUGAGCAAGGCAAUGCAGAAGAGGCAGUCAAUGUUGGAUUUUGGAGAGUAUUUGCACUGGCAAAGCCAGAUGCUGGGAAGAUAUUUGUUGCCACCUUUGCAUUAUUGAUAGCAUCCACUACAAAUCUCUUGAUUCCUAAAUAUGGUGGAAUGAUCAUAGACAUUGUUUCAAGAGAUAUAAGGACACCUGAACAGCAAUCAGAGGCCCUGGAAGCUGUCAAGAAUACUGUAACAUACAUUGUGCUGAUCGUUGUAAUAGGGUCUGUGUCCACAGCACUUCGGUCAUGGCUCUUUUCUUCUGCCAGUGAAAGGGUUGUAGCUCGCCUUAGGCGAGAUUUAUUCAGUCAUCUUAUUCAUCAGGAAAUAGCCUUCUUUGAUGUUACUCGAACAGGGGAACUCCUCAGCAGGCUAUCUGAGGACACCCAGAUUAUAAAAAAUGCAGCAACAACUAAUCUUUCAGAGGCACUCCGGAAUCUAGCAACCGCCUCUAUUGGUGUUGCCUUCAUGUUUUCUUCAUCUUGGAAAUUAACGUUGCUAUCAUUGGCUAUAGUACCGGUUAUUUCUGUUGCUAUACGAAGACUUGGACGCUAUCUCAAGGAACUUUCACACAAAACACAAGCAGCAGCUGCAGUAGCAUCCUCAAUUGCUGAGGAAUCUUUUGGAGCCAUUCGAACAGUUAGAUCAUUUGCUCAAGAAGGUUUUGCAAUAUCAAAUUACACUGAAAAAGUUGACGAGACACUGCAGCUCGGACUAAAACAAGCUAAACUAGUUGGUCUAUUCUUUGGAGGAGUAAAUGCUGCAUUCACAUUUUCUGUUAUGGCCGUAGUUUUCUAUGGUGCCUACUUGACAAUAACAGGAUUUAUGACUGUGGGUUCUCUCACAUCCUUCAUCCUCUAUAGCCUCACUGUUGGAUCUGCAGUCUCCUCUUUGUCCGGGUUAUAUUCAACUGCCAUGAAAGCUGCAGGCGCAAGUAGGAGGGUUUUCCAGCUCUUAGAUCGUGUGUCAAGCAUGCCGAAAUCCGGGGACAAGUGUCCAGAAGGAAAUCCUGAUGGAGAUGUAGAAUUGAAAGAUGUGUGGUUUGCUUAUCCUUCUCGACCGAGUGAUAUGAUACUAAAGGGAAUAACAUUGAAACUAAAACCUGGUUCGAAAGUUGCCCUUGUCGGACCAAGUGGUGGUGGAAAAACCACGAUUGCAAACUUAAUUGAGAGAUUCUACGAUCCUUUGAAGGGAGAGAUUUUGUUAAAUGGAGUUCCUUUAGUGGAAAUAUCUCAUGAAUAUCUUCACAAAAAGGUAAGUAUAGUCAGCCAGGAACCUGUUCUUUUCAAUUGUUCUAUAGAGGAGAACAUCGCUUACGGGUUCAGUGGAAAAUCAAGCAGUUCAGAAAUAGAAUCUGUAGCUAAAAUGGCUAAUGCUCAUGAAUUCAUAGACAAAUUUCCGGAAAAGUAUAAAACAGUCGUUGGAGAACGUGGUUUGAGGCUCUCAGGAGGUCAGAAGCAAAGAAUAGCAAUUGCGAGAGCACUAUUGAUGAAUCCAAAAGUGUUGCUGUUGGAUGAAGCCACAAGUGCACUGGAUGCCGAAAGCGAAUACCUUGUCCAGGACGCCAUGGAUUCAUUGAUGAGGGGUAGGACUGUUCUGGUCAUAGCACACAGGCUAUCAACAGUCCAAAGUGCUGACACUGUAGCCGUCAUAUCCAACGGAGAGAUAGCCGAAAGUGGCACACAUGAAGAUCUUCUCUGUAAGGAUGGUAUCUACACAGCACUCGUUAGGAGGCAACUACAAGGACCAACCACCAAAAUAUAGUUCCAAAAUGGUAAACAAGGUCCAUAUACUUGUUCUGCUCACCAUGUAUUAUAUCCUUGGCAUUGUCAGAAAAUAUAAAUAUAUAUUUACAUAUAUUAUAGUUCCCUUGCUGACAUUAUAAGACUACUCGUAGGAUACUUCUGAAAUAAAAUAUCCCAUUUAUGAUA